AUGGCUGCCGAAGUCCCGGCCGCCCUCAAGGCCGCCGACGUAACUCGUUUCGCCCAUCGAGCAGCGCAGUUGGAGAAGCCAAAGCCCAUUGUUGCCUAUUGGUGUAUGUGCGAAUACUGGAUCGUCAACCAGAUUCUCUCCAAAGGCCUUCACAAUGCGGACCAAGCGAGUCUUGUUUACACCACCACCCUUAUGGACAAGUUGGAGCAGUACAAGGCUCAACACGCCGAUGAGCCUGCAGUCACAGAUGACAUGGUUGGCAAGGCUUACGUCGAGCAAUUCGGCCUUGAGACCUUUGAAAGAGCAGACAACGCCGUGAGAGCCGACAAGGCUACUAGACAGACCGCAGACACCUAUCAAGCCGCAGCCACCUUCCUCGAUUUGCUGCAGAUAUGGGGGCCACUUGACCCUGACCUUGCUGCCAAAAUUAAAUACGCUAAAUACCAUGCUCUGCGCAUCGCAAAAGCCUUGAAAGCUGGCGAAGACCCCAACUUGUCUAAUCCCAAGCCCGAGAUUCCGGCAGAAGACGUCCUUCCCGCUCUCGAUCCCAACGAUGCAGAUGUCCAGGCUUUGAGUGGUGUCCCAGGGAAACCGAGACAAGCUUCCGUGGUCGAAGUCCCAGAUGAAGCUGAUAGGAUACAAAAGAAUCUGGCACAAAAGUCCGUUCUUGACGAAUCCUUGCAUCCAUCAAGGGAAACAUCUAUUCCUCCAGCACCCAGAAAGACCGAUCGCCAACCAUCUGUCGUCGAAGUGAAAGACGAAACAGAUCGUUUACAGAGCAAUCUCGCUCGUCAAUCGUCCUUGGAUGAAUCAUUACACCCAUCCAGACAGCCUUCCCUGCCACAUUCGCCCGCCAAUGACGUGUCUCCAAUAGCAGCACAGGAUGCGGCAGCUUUUUAUUCUACCCAACCUGACACCAACGACAUCUCACCGUUGGACACUCCCUCUGAGAGGAAGCCAUCUGUGGGGGGCAAUUACUUCCCGCUUGUUCCAUCAGAUGUUGCUCCUAUUCUUCCCUCCGCCCCAACAGCUAUUGGAGCAUCUCCCCCUGAGCUGCCCUCCGCUCCUACGGAUCUGGCAUCAACUCCAGCGAAUCUACCCCAACCUCCUGUUGAUAAUGGUCUGGCCUCGGCUCGAGCUUCUCUCACUUCGCUCAAUCAAGCUGGUCGACCCUCUCCACCACUUCCAGCCCAUCGUCAUGGUAACUUUCUCCCCCAACCAGCCCCUGGCGAAACACCGCAGAUACCCCGGAAUUUCCAACCACAAGUACCGCCACCGCAGCUGCCGCAAAACCCCCCUCAACUCCGACAGACUCAUGGCCCCGUGCCCCCCAUCCCACAAUCACAGUAUGUACAAUCUCCAACACCUGUUCACCCCCCCGUCCAAUUGCCACCUCCUUCUCAGCCUGUGAAUGUUGUUCUCGACGAAGAGGCUAUAAUGAAGGCGCAAAAGCAUGCACGAUGGGCCAUUUCGGCCCUGAACUUCGAGGAUGUCCCGACAGCAAUCAAAGAGCUUAGGGGGGCCUUGGCAUCGCUGGGCGCUGCACCAUGA